AUGUAUUUCAAAGUCGCGAUUGCUAUCAUUGGGCUGGUUGGAGGCGUCAUUGCACAGCACCAUCACCACGAGGAAGAGCAUCACGGCCCAGUGCACUACGAAUAUCACUACGAUGUGCACGACGAUCACACCGGAGAUGUUCACGGACAGCACGAGGCCCGUAAGGACGACCAUACGGAGGGCGAAUACUACCUGAUC